UUUUAUUUCCACGUUUUCUUGGAUUUCUAGCACGGUUGAUACUCUUCUUGAAAAUUGCGAAAAUUAUAACCCUGCUCUAAAGCAGCAAGGAGGAGCGGAGGAUCGAUCUAAGAGGAUGAAGGAGGAUGCUAUGCUUUUACUAAGAGGAUUUGAUUCUGUUUCUUGCUCUCUUUCGCAGUUAUCUGAUAAUCUGGAAAAUGCUCUUCAGGGAGCAAGAAAUCUGGCAAAACCUCCCACAUUGACGGAGAUACUUCACUAUACAAUGGAAAAAGAAAGAAGUGAGGAAAAUCAAUCAAAGGAAAAUAAAUGUGAGGGAUACAAAGGUAAAGAAGGGAGCGAAGAAGGCGGCAAUAGAGGGUUAAAGAGGAAAUUGGAUUCUGAAGAAUCCUCAGAAAAUCCUCAACAAGACGAUGAUACCAAAAGAGAAAAUCAACAGGUCUUGAAAGAACUCGGGAAGUUCAAGAAAGCCAAAAAUCUUGCGAUUUCCAUGGCGUCAAAAGAAGACACAUUAGCUCAAGAACUAAAAUCAAUGAGAUCAGACUUUCGCUUUAUGCAAGAACGUUCUUCUCUUUUGGAGGAGGAUAAUGAAGUCUUCGUGAUGGAUAUGGCACAAGGAUACCACCAGAAGAAGAUGACCUGGAGGUCAUGGAUUCAAGCCUUGGAAACAACCUCUGGCAGAAAUACAAGGAUGAUGUUUUACUAUUUGACUACAAUUUCCAAGAGCGGGUCAAUGCCUUUGUUGCUGCGGCUUUGGCACAAGCAGCAAGGUAAUUAGAAUUCUUUAAAGGAAGAAGUGAGAUAGGAGGACCAACAACCAAAGUGUUGCCUGGUGCGCUUGCCAUUGCUCAGCAUCAUGAUGCUGUCAGUGGCACUUUGAAGCAACAUGUUGUUGAUGAUUAUGCCAAAUUACUGUUCAUAGGUUACAAGCAGGCCAAAUGAGAGCCAAUACUUAGUUGCAUGGAACAUCAAAUCCUCUAAAGAGAAACUUAUUGCAGCAAUGGAUCCAGCUCUGGAUGUGAAACAGGAGAGUACAUUAGAUAACAUCUACACUGUUGCAGAACUUGCUGGUUAUUGCACAGCAAGAGAGCCUGGCCAACGGCCCGAUAUGUCCUAUGUUGUGAACAUAUUUGCGCCCCUUGUUGAGAAAUGGAAGACUCUUGAGGAAGAUACAGAUGGCGAGUGUGGUAUCGAUUAAAGUUUUCCACUCAACCAAAUGGUCGAAGGCUGGCAAGAAUCAGAAAAAAAAAGACUUGAGUUGCAUCGACCUUGAAGAAUCUAAAGGAAGUCUCCAUUCAAGGCCUACUGGAUUUGUCGAGUCCUUUACAUCAGUUGAUUGUAUAUAAAACAAGGUUCUGCACUAUGUGUAGUUGAUCUGAUUAUCCUAUUCAAUAAAUGUGGAUAGAAUUUUUGUUU